GAAGAAGGUGAUCUUCUGUAUGCUUUUCCUGGGACUGGUCCUGAGCGAGGACCUUCCCCGUAAAUAUAUGGCCUUGAGAGGAUACGAUAUUAGUGGUAAUGAUAUUAAGCAGGUCUCGGCCAGUGUUGACGAGUUAAAGGUGAUUUGCGAGGAAACUCCCAAUUGUGUGGCUUUCAACGAGAACGGAAAACUGAAGAGUGCUACACAGCCUCUCGUGCGCAGUUCCGAUAGUGUCGUCUGGAUCUAUACAGAGGCCUCCCAUAUUGGCAGAGAGCCCGAUAUGCCCAUCUGGCCGAUGCCAAAGAGCUAUACGCGAGGCGACGAGACGGUCAGCAUUGACUAUUACAGUUUCCACUUCGUUCCCAACAAGCAGCACCCCGACAUGACCGCCGCGAUCAACCGUUACAUGGACGAGAUUUUCGGAGGCAACGUCGCCGCCCCUGCGCGUGAUGCCUCGUUGUCGACGGUGUACAUCGACGUCGAGGACUACGACGUCCAGCUGAACUUCGGCGUGGACGAGAGCUACACGCUGACGAUCCCCUCGGACGGUUCGGCUGCGCGGAUCGAGGCGAAGACGCUUUUUGGCGCGUACCACGGACUGGAAUCGCUGAGCCAAUUGGUCCGGUUUAACAGCGCGCGGGAGGGCUUCGAGAUCCACGGCGCGCCCUGGCGCAUCGUCGACGCUCCGCGCUACCCGCACCGCGGCAUGCUGAUCGACUCUGUGCGCCACUUCUUGCCGCUGCGCGUGGUGAAGAAGAUCAUCGACUCGCUGACGUACGCGAAGUUCAACGCGCUGCACUGGCACUUGUCCGACAACGAGGCCAUGGUGCUGCAGACCAAGUCCGCGCCGCGCUUCUGGGACUCGGCCUACACGCCGUACGAGCGCUACACGCAGCACGAGAUGCGGGACAUCGUGGAGUACGCGCGGCAGCGCGGCAUCCGCGUGAUCCCCGAGAUCGACGUCCCCGGCCACAUGAAGUCGUGGUGCACGGUGUACCCGGAGGUGUGUCCGUCGGUGGCGUGUCCCGAGCCGAUCGACCCGUCGAACGAGAACGCGUUCACGCUGAUCCAGAACUUCGUGGAGGAGGUGACGCAGUCGGGACUGUUCUUCGACGAGUUCUUCCACCUGGGCGGCGACGAGGUGAACACGCAGUGCUGGACGUCCACGCCGCGCAUCGCGCAGUGGAUGAAGGAGAAGGGCUUCUCCACCACGGACACGUACAAGUACACCGUGGACCGCGCGCACCAGAUGGUCUUCGGCGUCAACCGCACCGCGGUGAACUGGGAGGAGGUGGCCACGCACCUGAGCGGCGUGGACCCGCGCGCCAUCAUGCAUGUGUGGCUGAUGUCCACCUCCGUGAACUCCAUCGUGCAGAAGGGCUACCGCGUGAUCGUGUCCAGACGCUGGUACCUCGACGACCUCGACAACACCUGGGACAUUUUCUACUCCAACGACAUCGCCAGCGGCGUGCCCCAGGAGAACCGCGGAAAGAUUCUCGGAGGUGAGGCCUGCAUGUGGGCCGAGACCGUGGACACCUCCGACUGGUUCAACACCGUCUGGCCGCGUGCUGCCGGCGUCAGCGAGCAGCUCUGGACCCCGGAGGACAAGCUGGACGUCGAUGCCGCGCUCAACCGCAUCAUCUGGUUCCGCUGUCUGCUGAAUCGCAGAGGAAUCGAGGCCGCGCCUGUGCUCAAUCUGAAGGGAAGAGCGGCGCCCCUGGGCCAGGGAGGUUGCUAUUGGCAGUGCUCUGUUUGUUGA